AUGAUGACGAUCAAUGAGAGACGGGAUGAGUCUGAGUCAUUCAAAAAAUCCAAAGUUAUUGGUAUCAUUGGACUUGGGGAUAUGGGACUUCUUUAUGCUAGACGAUUUAGUGAGGCUGGAUGGAAAGUUAUAGGUUGUGAUCGUGAAGAAUUAUAUGAAGAAUUGGUAUCCAAGUACAAGGAAGAGAAGUUUGGACUCAAACGUAAUGGUCACUUGGUCUCGCGAGAGUCAGACUACAUUAUCUAUAGUGUAGAAGCUGAGAACAUUGAUAAGAUAGUUGCCACUUAUGGUCCUUCGUCAAAGUAUGGCGCAAUUGUUGGUGGACAAACUUCUUGCAAGGCUCCUGAAAUCGAAGCAUUCGAGAAGCACUUGCCCAGUGACACUCAGAUAAUAUCGUUACACUCCUUGCAUGGUCCUAAAGUCAACACUACAGGUCAACCUUUGGUGGUUAUUCGCCAUAGAUCUACUGAUGAAUCGCUACGAUUUGUGAAGUCACUUGUUUCGUGUUUGAACUCCAAGUUGGUGGAGUUGACAGCAAAGGAACAUGACAGGAUCACAGCCGACACUCAAGCAGUCACCCACGCUGCGUUUCUAUCCAUGGGUGUUGCCUGGAGAACAUGUAAUCAGUAUCCAUGGAAAACACCAAAGUGGAUAGGAGGUAUAGAGAAUGCAAAAAUAAACAUAUCUCUACGAAUAUACUCCAACAAGUGGCAUGUUUAUGCGGGCUUGGCUAUCACGAAUCCAUCAGCACAUGACCAAGUAAUACAAUAUUCCAAAUCGACAACUGAAUUAUUCACAUUGAUGAUCCAGGGCAAAAAGGAUGAAUUGAAUCAAAGGUUACAAAAAGUGAAAAAGUUUUUGUUUCAUCAUAUAAACGAUCACAACCUUUUAUUAGAUGACAGCGUUUUAGAGAAAUUUUCAUUAAACAAGACUCCACCCGAAGGUAAGCAGCCAAACUCCCAUCUUUCAUUGUUGGCUAUAGCAGAUAGUUGGUACAAUUUGGGAAUUGUACCGUACGACCACAUCAUUUGCUCAACACCCUUAUUCAGAAUAUUUUUGGGUGUUACUGAAUAUGUCUUUUGUACACCAGGGUUAUUAGAAGAAAGCAUAGAGGUUGCUGCAACAGACUCGACAUUUCGGCAGGAUGAUUUACACUUUACAAUUGCCUCAGAAACAUGGGCGAAAAUAAUUAAGUUUGGGAACUUUCAACUUUACCGUGAAGAAUUCAACAAGACCCAGGCUUUUUUCCAACCUAUGCUUCAAGAAGCAAACGCAAUUGGUAACGAGAUGAUCAAGACCAUUUUGGAACGUGUCAAGGAAAGGGAAACAUGGGAAGAAGCAAAACAAAAAUAG